AUGGCCGGAUUAAAAACAAUAAUCGCUCUGUCCUUCAUUCUUGCGAUCGGAUUCCUCCUCGUAAUCCUCUCCUCUGCCCUCUUCGGCCCGAACUACUACCCCCUACUUGUCGUCGCGACCUACGUGAUCGCGCCUCUCCCGAACUUCGUCUGCUCACGGUGCGCAAACCCCGAUGACUUCAUCGACGAGAGCAACGGCAGCGGGUUCAUCGACCUCGGGCGGUUCAUGACGGGAUUCUUGGUGGUCAUGGGUAUUGCGCUCCCCGUCAUGCUCGCCCACUGCGACAUCAUCAAAGUGCCGGCUAUGAUUAUGUCGAUCAUCGGAGGCCUCCUUAUCUACGGCACCAUCAUCUGCUUCAGCAUGUUUUUCCAGGAGUCAGAAGACUUCUAA